AAGUCCAUGGAAAGAAAGUGGCUGAGAGCCAAGAAGCUGCCUAAAUUGAAAGACUUUCAGGAGACUAUGUUGAAGUCAAUUCAAUAUCAGAUGAUGGACUCAAUGCGGCCAAUGCUGCAUACCUGGAACCAGAUGAGAGUGGACGAUCCGUUAUUGAACAGUGUAGAAUCAUCUCUCCGUUUAAUGGGCUCUGCAGUUGCAAAUGUUUCCAAAUCACGUGAAAAUGUGAUUCGGCAUGUGGCCCCGUCCAUGAAACCAUUGCUGAAGGACCCACGGGCAUUCUCUUCUCGUGAGUGUGAGCGUUUGUUUGGCUCAAAAUUCAUAGACGUCAUGGUAAAAGAAGUUGAUGACGACGCCAAGUUGGCGAAAAUCGGACGCGAUGGCGGUCCCUCACACAGCCAGAAUGGUGGCAAUUCCAAUCGGCGCAAUGGCGGCCGCAAUCAAAGCUCGUACGUCAGCCGUAAUAACCAGAGUAGUGGUUUCAACAAAGGCGGGAAGAGCGACAAGGGGAAUGCCUACUUCAGGCAGACGGCCCAGGGCGCCAACAACAGGUAUGUAAGUUCUUCUUAUGGUUUCAUCCCUUUUUUUCUGAAAAUGUCUCCCGUUCAGUCACAUGUUGGGGGUCGUUUGAGAAAAUUCGCAGACGCAUGGCUCUCUCUUUCUGAUGAUCAAAGGAUCUUGUCUACAGUCAAUCACGGUUAUGCCAUUGACUUUGUUAAACCCCCCGUCCAACAUUUCGCCCCUUCAGGGUGUAUUAUGUCUAAAGAGAUGGAAAUUGUCUGCGACCAAGAAAUCACAACUCUACUGGCAAAGGCCCCGCGAGUCUUUACGAAACUUUUAAAACCUGUUGUGGCCUAUUUACGCGAGCGUGGCAUCCGGUUAAUCAUUUACCUUGACUAUUUGCUUAUCUUAAACCAAUCUAGGGACGGCGCCUCCCUUACCGGCUGGGGUGCAGUUUGCGAUGGCUCUCGGUCUCGGGGACCUUGGACAAUGACCGAUGCAGAACGGCAUAUUAACGAAUUGGAGCUUUUAGCUGCCUAUUUUUCGUUACAAGCAUUUGCAAACGCCUCAGAAAGAGUUGAGGACGGCGCCCGACUCAAGCGAUUGGAUGCUGCUGCAAGACAGGUUCAAACAACUAUCGAACAUUUGGACUGUACAAAUCGACCUCUUUGCGUCGGCCUGGAACGCUCAGCUUUCCAAUUUCGUGAGUUGGCUACCGCAACCCAAAGCUUCGACGAUCAACGCAUUCGCAUUGAAUUGGCGGAAGUUUCUCGGCUACGCCUUUCCCCCAUUUGCUCUCAUCCCACGCUGCAUGGCCAAGAUAAAGAAAGAGAAGGCGGAUCUUGUUCUCGUGGGCCCUCUUUGGCCCUCUCAACCUUGGUUCCCCCUUCUAUUGCAAAUGUCGAUCGAAUUUCCUCGAAUUCUAACUCCGCAUCGACUCUUGUUACACUCGCCAAUGCUAGAGCCACACCCAUUAAUUCAGUCAAAGAAAUUCCUUCUAGUCGCGUGGAAAUUGUCAGGCGACGAUUUGAAAGUAAAGGAUUUUCAAAAGAGACUGUCGACCUUCUCAUGGAAUGUGUCCGUGAGUCCACAACAGCUAGUUACGAGUCCGCCUGGAAGAAUUGGGUUAAUUGGAACCACGAACAGGGUUCGGAUCCCUUGUCUUCUUCUUUGAUAACCAUUCUGCAAUUUCUGACAGAUUUGGCUAAUUCUAAUUCCUCAUACAGUUCCGUCAAUACAUCUCGUUCAAUGCUUUCCUCCACUCUCGACCCCAUUGACGGAUACAAAAUAGGGGAACACCCAACUGUUGUGCAAUUGCUAAAAGGCUGUUUUAAUCUCUCCAUGGAGUCACGUGGUGCAAAGAAGAACAAGAAGAAGCGUCGUAAUUCUAGUGAUAGUUCCUCUUCUGGUUCAAGCUGGAAUUCAUCGUCAUCUACGAGAUCUCACGAUCGUAAAAUUCCCCGCAAGGAUGACGUGAAUACAAACGGAUUUGACGAGCCAUCCAACGUCGCCAUGCUGCCUCGAUCACGUGUUCGCGACCUACGUCGAUGGAUGAAAGAAGGUAUUGAAUCCAAAUCCGAGGGAAACACCCUCCGGUCUGCUUAUGUUCCCAAAUUUGAAGGUGAAUUUGAACGUAUGGCUCAAUUAUUGUACCCGUCAAUGGCUCGCAAAUGGCUUCGUAAUCUUGGUGAAUCGUCUGAUCGCGCUAAGUUGAAAGAUUUCUGGGAGAAACAGCUCUUAUCAUUGCAAACAGAAGUGAAAGACUCCUUUCAGCCUCUAGUCUACAUGUGGGGCGUUAUGCCCGAAAAUUCUAAUGCUGAGAUGCCCGUUUAA